CGGCUUUCGCCUCUUGACUACGCAGUUAAGCGCCGUGUUCAAUAUAUAAGGAUGUCAUUUUUCCGGCAGAGCACCAUUCCUUCAAAGACCAUCCAGCUCUCUCAACAUGUCGCAGCCACCAAACGACCAACAGCCACACGGCCAGCAACAGCACGACCAACAACAGCACACGCAACGACGGGAGCGGAUGAGGACCGUCGCUACGCGCCUCGCUCAAGUGCAGCCGCUCCUCGAGGAACUGCCGGAACAUGAGCGACUCAUGUGGAAGCCUACGCUUGAUAAGGCUCGAAAGAAUUUUCCGGAGGACGGCCUCCGUCGGAAGGAAGUAGCAUGGCAGCUGAAGGAGACACUGAAAGGGCAAGAUGCCAUUGAUAAGCAUGCGCGCAAACUACGAGAAGCAGAGAUAGCAGUCAAUACUGUACAAUCCCUUUCAGAUGAAGCGCGUCGUGCUCAGAACGAGCAACAGGGUGCACCACAGGAGGCCCAAGCCCCGACGGUUGCUCCGUACCAAAGCCCAAGUGUUGCUCCAGGCAAUAUCCUCAUUGCUCAGCCUAUCGCGCCGUGGACGAUGCUUGAGAGUCAGGUACAGCAACAACAGGCAUACACCGGACAGGCGCCUCCUGGUUAUGGUGCGCGUCAUCGCACUCUGCCAUCAUACGACAGCACGUAUGGCCCACCUCCUCGCGUGAGCGUCGAUGUACCCCUUGGUGGCCUCCCCCCUCCUCCCGCGAGGCCGGCGGGACCCAGCCGAGCGAGUACUAUGCCGGGGUUCUCGGGGGGCUAUGGGGAACCAUCACAGUCUCAGGCUCCCUUCAACACUAACACUAGCCGCCGCCAUCGCGCCACUCAGAGUGCCUUCGCUGGUGGUCUUCCUCCUUCCGCCCAUGCAAACGCCUCGCGCACGAGUGUCGACCGUACAAGCUCCUCGGGCGGUCGGUCGUACAUAAGCGGAAUGGAAGAUUUCUGCGCUCAUUCGACGGACUCCGGCCACUCUCGUCAGUCCGGCCAAUCUCCUCAGUCUAUCCAUUCCCACCCCUCGCACCGAUCGACGCGCUCCGACGGAACCCACGCGUCCGCUCGUCACGGCGAUAGCUCAUCCCGUGCGUCUCACGGCUCUUCGCAGAGGCGCUCGGACGCAUCGGGGAGGUCCUCUGGCCACUAGAUGACAGGGCGAUGCCCAAGUUCGUUAUGGCACCAUCAAGUAUCUUGCGAAAGCGCGCUCACUCGCGCAUGAGUAUGGACUCGCUGAUUUCUCUUUUUUCUUCCGUGUUCUAGUGUUUCUUCUCUUCGGGUGGGCUCCGGCCCACAAUUAUGCCUACCUUUUCUCCCCUUAUACUUUCUGAUUUUUCUCCGCGCCAUGUCGAGUACGAUACGGCGCAUCUCUUGGUUUGUCGCUCGUGCCUUUCCCCCUGUACCAAUAUUGACGACUUACGGUUCCCUUACGACUAUUACGAAGAUGUGUCCUCUCGCUAUUAGGGUUUCUUGUGUGUAUUUUGUCACUCCUUUCUACGCUCUAGUGUUUUACCGCUGUUUUCUCAACUUAUACACCCA